AUAGUAAGGUGGGAUUGGGUAUACUUAGGUGGGAAGAAAACGUCAACAAACAGAGAGGAUAUGCAUUAAACGUGUACCUAUUACCUAUAUAUCUAUCUACAGCCAACAGGUUAUAUUUACUUAGCGGAGGCCGAAAUAUUGUGUACGCGCAGCGUGCAUCCAGUAAGAUGAGGGAUCCUGGCAAGGAUGCCAAGAACGAAGAUAAGGGCUCCUGGGUCAACACGAUCUUCAUUACAUUACUUGUGCUGGUGAUUUUCUUCAGUUUUCCGGCUCCUGUCUCUUCCCAUGAACACUCUAACGAGCCGGCAAGUUUCAAGUACUCUAAACAGGCUAAUGAGGGCUUCCAGGACAGACGAUCUCAGGGUUAUGAGCGUGACCACGGGCACGAGCACAUUGAGGACGGUGAGAAGCCGCACUGGAGGCCAGAGUCAAACUAUUAUGGGCACGACGGCGAUGUGUUUAUUCAAGCCAUGGGAUCGACCUUUCUUAUAUCUCUUGCUCCAUUUAUUUUUCUAUUUUUUGUGCCCUUAAACAAUACCAAAGAAUGCGAACCCCUGCUCAAGGUAUUGCUAGCGUUUGCUUCUGGUGGUCUCUUGGGCGAUGCCUUUCUUCAUUUAAUUCCUCACGCCCUUCAACAUGAUCACAGUCAAGAUCACAAUCAUGAUCACAGCCAUGAACACAAAUCCGACGAAGGACCCAAAGCGCAUAGGCAUGUACAUGACAUGAGCGUGGGUCUCUGUGUUCUAGGUGGUAUCAUUACAUUCUUACUUGUCGAUAUUAUUGUGCGUUUGAUCAAAAUGGAUCAUGUACAUCAUCACGAUGAAGGAUCCAGUAUAGAUAAAAAACUAAUCAAGAAUAAGAAGGAAAAUGAUGAAAAGAUUAGUUGUAGCAAAGAAAAAAAUGAUGAAAAAGAAAGUAGGGAGUGCAAAGAGCAAAAGCAGGAUAUCAAAGUAGCGGGCUACUUAAACUUGGCUGCAGACUUUCUUCAUAAUUUCACGGAUGGCUUGGCGAUAGGUGCCAGCUACUUGGCAGGAAAUAAUGUUGGGAUUUUAACAACAUUUACAAUCUUACUUCAUGAAGUUCCACAUGAAAUUGGAGAUUUUGCAAUACUUAUUCAAAGUGGAUGCAGUAAGCCAAAGGCUAUUGCCCUACAACUAGUGACUGCUAUUGGUGCUCUUUUAGGAACAUAUAUUUCUCUGCUUGUUGGAGGAAUGGGUGAUCUUGCUGCCAAAUAUAUCCUACCUUAUACAGCAGGAGGAUUCAUUUAUAUAGCCACAGUGUCUGUGAUCCCAGAAUUAUUGACCGACACUAAAUUUUGGCAAUCCAUCAAACAAAUUAUUGCCAUGCUUGUUGGUGUGUAUAUGAUGAUGUUGGUUGCAGAAUAUGAGUGAAUCAGUGAAUGCUUUAAGGAUAAAAUCUAUCUCUAUGGAAGCUUAUGUUGUAAGCUGGUAAUGCUUUUAAAAUAUAUUUUUUAUAAAGUACAACUGUUGAUAUUACGAGUAGGAUCAGUCGAAAGUAUAGUGUAGCCUAAAUAAUACGUUAGUGUGGGACACUCGAGUUAAAUUUGUUUUAUUUUCUAUACCGUACAUAUUUGAAAAUUCAACUAUUUUGUUUGUUCAGAAAGCUUUAAAUAAGUAUACAUGAGCCAAAAUUAAUGUAAAUAUAUACAGAAAAUAUUACGUAACGGAUCUAAAAAAAUAUUUAGCACUCUUCAACUCUUACAAUUAAAAAUCUAUAUUAACGACGUUGUUCCUAUAGACUAGAUUUAUAAUGUUCUUGUCCAAAUUAAAAAAAUUGUUAUAUACAUAAAGCAAUGUUUCAGAAUA